AUGGCUGGGCCGACCGUAUACAAGCAUGUCGCCCAAGACUUGGACUUCAGUUCGGGGGCGGGGAUAUUUGCGGGCAACAAGUUUUGGGUUGCGCAGCGCGUGCCGUCCCGCUCUCGGCUGCUGGACGACAUAAAGGCCAACGGUGGAGAGAUUGUACAACUGGAGAAGAUGGCAGACUAUCGGAUCGCGGACCAUUUCAGACCCACUACCUGUGCACCAGGAACGAUAUCGUACACAUUCGUAGAGAAAUCUAUCAAACAUGGAGAGCUUCAAGAUCCCGCAGACCACCGAGCGGGACCACCGUUAGGUGAGGCGCGUGAACCUGCAUCUGUCUACCGACCCACGAAGAGUGGAAGGGCAGCGUAUACCGCAGAAGAGGACAGGAUACUCUACAAAUGGGUGCGUGACGCCCAAGAGGCUGGUGCCCAGAUUGGUGGAAAUGAAGUAUACAUGCAGCUAGAAGCCAAGUACCCCCGACAUACAUGGCAGUCGUGGCGCGAUCGCUAUCAUAAGCAACUGAAGAAUCGUCCACCCUCCGCUUUCAACAUACCUGACAACGCUCCCCCGUCUCCGCCUUCCGAUCAAUCAAACGAACGUAUGCCUCCUGCUCCAGUCUCCCCUAUGCCCACCAAACAGAAAACACCUAAAACAGGGCAGACUUCAAAUACGAAAAACCUUAUUCGGAAAGGCAAAUCGAAAUCGAAAAGUGACUACAGCGUACAAGAACUGGAGGGCAUCUUCACGGUAGAUGACUGGCUAGAGCUGUAUGCUUUCGCAGACCUUAUCGAUGAUUCGAAAGGAACGGAUGAAUACGACACUACUUGGGCUCAAUGGGCUGAAUUCAAAGGUGAACAGACUGGUGAGCAGUGGCAACAGUAUUAUGAGAAGGUGGUCUACCCGCAAUGGUUGGCUGAUCCAGUUUCAAAAAGAGAGAAAAUCAAGAGGCAGGUGGAACGGAAACACGAUGAAGCACGCGCGAGUGAAAGUCAACCAGUCACGAAAGAUCCCUUGGAUUCUUUGAAGAACUCAGCGAACAUUGCGUCAGAAAUCAAGGCGCCGUCAUCAUCAACUGCCCAUCCGGAAUCUUCGAACUUUUACGAAGAUCAGAUGGAAAGGUUUACAAAGCGACUGCGAGAGAACGAUUUCGCAGAGCAGGAAGAAGAGACGCGGCUAGCGCCUCCUACCAAACGGCGAAAGAGUGAAAGCGCAACGCCUACACGAGAAGAUUUAGUGGAAUCAGAUAAAGAAGCCGGCACACAGCACCAGCCUGUCGAGAUAUCAUCUGCUGAGAGCUCUCAGUCGACUUCACAUUCGGAGGACGCUGAAGCGCUGAUGCAAGAGCAGAUUCGAUCAGAAGCGCUCGAUUCAGGGGACGACGACGCUACUAUGGUCAACUUGGAAGAGGACCCCGAAGAGAAAGAGGUGGAGAGCAUAGAAUCAGAUGAUUUUCCGGAUACUGAUCAAUUACAUCCGCCGCCUCCAACAGACGAUGUCGUCAGCGACGAUCUACCUUCAAACACACCCACACCACGUGCCGCGCGCCAGAAGGUGUCCUACUUCGACACUCAAGCCAUCCUCUCGCCGACACAAGACAGCUUAUCAAGACCACAUGACUACGCCUACGGUACAAAGCUCCAUCAGAGACAGCGGUCCUCAUCGCCCUUCCAACAACUAGAAUCCGAUGCUUCCACGACCCAGUCCUUGGAAGAGUUCCGCCGGUCCCUCCAGGAAGAGGAAGACCCCGACCAGACUCUUUACACUCGGGCACCCCCACAACCACUCCGCCUAUCCUCAUCACCUGCCCCAUCUUCAGCGUCCUCAACAUCCACAGGCUCGGGAGACCCCGAUCCACCCCUUACAGGAGACGAGAUUGACGAGUUUUAUGAAGACCGAAACGAAGAGGGAUGGUCUAAUGAUUACAUCAGUAAAGCACUCAAACGUACGCGGAUGCGUCCAGAACUAGCAGUCAGAGUCCUUGAGGCAUGGAAAGACGGGAAUCCUCUGCCGAAAGCAAGAGGCAUCUGGAGCAUUGAAGACGAUGUCGCUGUAGAGAGUGGUGAUGGAUUCGAGCUGGCGAUGCUAGCGAAGAAACAUUCGCUAGACGGAUGGGGCGGGAUCACGGAGAGGUUGUUAUUUCUGGAGGCUUAUCGGAGCUACAAUUAG